AUGGCUACUCCUCAAGCUGGUGACCCGGACGCGAACUUUGCCCCUUCUGCUUCGCCGUCAGCGGUACCUGCCUCUUCAGUCAGCCCGGCAUUAAGCAUCUCGGCUUCCACGCAAGUGGGCAAUUUCUUCCACAUGCGACAUAUUACAUCAGAAACCACCAAGUACCAGCACCUGGUUGAAAGUCUUCCCCCGUCCGCAGCCGCUGAGGUUCUCCUUCUCCUCGAGCACCGUUUGCAGCAAGUGCUUUCAUCUGAACAGCUCGGUGAUCGUCGCCCCACUCAAUUUCUCCGCCAUCUGCAGUUCCUUCUUGGCGACAAGGCAUCAUCUAUUGACCCUGCUAUCCUCAAGGAACUUUUCCUCCAGAGACUCCCUCCCCAUGUACGCGUGUCACUAGCAGCAUCGGGCGCCCUGCCCCUCUCAGAGCUAGCAGAACUGGCCGACCGCGUCCUGGACAUUGUCCCUCCCACCGUCGCCGCGAUGCCCUGCAAUGCGCAAUCUGAUGAUUCCGAGCUCAGCCAGCUGCGCCAGGAAGUUGCGCGCCUCACCGAACUUGUCUCACACCUGUCGGACCAGCGCUUCCCGAACCGCGGGGCAAGCCCCUCACGGCGCACACCGUCGCCGGCGCGUCGCUUGCAGUCCCCCAAGCGCUCCCGGCGCACUUCACCACCGGCCUCCACCCACUGUUGGUACCAUCACACAUUCCGCAACCGCGCUCGUCGCUGCCAGCAGCCCUGUACUUGGCCGUCGGGAAACGGCCUGGGCGAUCAUUAA